AUGAGCGCCGAUGUUGAUAGUCAAGGAAACAUUUCUGAAGUCCUGGUGCUGGACAGUGGACUGAGUCACCCACGUCUAACCACUGCCGUUUAUAACGGUGGUGACUCAGCUGGCGCCAUUGCAGCUCUGGCGGCAUCGCGUCUACGCAUUGAGCUCGCCAUUUUAGCUGCCAAAUUGGCAACUCGCCAAGCUGACGUCGACUCGUUGUUCCGUGCUAACGCCGAAUUGGCCCACACCAACGUACGUCUACAGAAUGAAAUCGAUGAAUACGAGGAGAAAAUAGAGUCAAAUAACGAUGGAGAUGCAACGCGGCAAGUAGAAGAAUUACAGACGGAAUUGUCACGAUCGCGAACUGCUGAAGCUUCGCUACGACAGCAGUUGGAGGAGCUUCGAACUCGCCUUCAAGAGGCUGAAGCAAAGUUGGAGGAGUAUGCGACUCGUUUUGAAGAAGAGCAACCGCAGCCGGCGAACGAGCAUGAGGAAGAAAUCAUGACAGAGGAACCGGCUAAAGUAUCACCCACAUCAAGUUUGGAGGAGGCUGUGAAGGAAACAGUUGACUUACGCGAUGAGGUCAUAAGGCUGGAGAGUGUAGAGAAAAUGCUCAACGAGAGAAUAAUGUGCCUUGAGGAUCAGCUGUUAGAGGGAGAAGAGCGUCUCCAAGAAAUGGAAGAGGAGCUCAUGGAUGAGAAGAAGAAGAUUCAAUCUUUGGAAGCAGAUAAGAACACGCUUACAAAUCAGCUGGAACAGAUU